UUUAUAAAAUGAAAUGAAAAGAUAUCUGAUUUGUAUCUAUUUUUGUACCGUGCUGUUUUUCAAGUAUUCCGCAUUUCUUUUGUACAAAAACGUCGCUUCCAAAUUAGAAGACAGAGAAGUAUUUGCUGAUGAUGAAGAGAUUAAAAACUACUAUAGCAAUAAGCGAUAACACUAACGGCUAAAGCUUAAGAUGAGCCUCCGGGGUAUAAAAUUGGUCACAUUAGAUGCUACAAAUACAAUAUUAAAGUUCCGGUUACCCCCUUGGCAGCACUAUUCAGCCGUGGCGCAGGAUUUUGGCUUUUCUGUGGAUGCGCAACAAGUUAAAAAGCAGAUGCUAAGCGGCUUUAAAUCAAUGUCUAAAGAUCACCCCAAUUUCGGUAAAAAUACCAUAGCUUGGGAGGAGUGGUGGAGAAAACUUGUAAAGGCGUCGUUUACGGGACUCCUACCUUCAUCGGCAGACGUCAACUCCAUAGCGGAUAGGCUCAUAGAAGAUUUUAAAACUACAAAAUGCUGGAAACGUGCUGAUGGUGGUGAAAAACUGUUGAACUUACUCCGCAACAAGGGUAUUUCGGUCGGUGUCAUCUCCAACUACGAUCCUAGACUCCGUGAAGUACUACAGAACAUACUUUUUGGUAACCAUUUUGAUUUCAUUGUAACAUCUUACGAUGUUGGCUUCAGUAAGCCUGACAAAAAAAUUUUUUGCUACGCUAUGCAACUAGACAAAUCUUUGUCACCGGGACAGUGUCUCCACAUUGGGGACGACUUGAAGAAGGAUUACGAAGGGGCGCAGGCAGCAGGCUGGCAUGCACUGCUGGUCGCUGCGGAGUCAGCUGAGACACCACCAGCCGAGAAACAUGUGUUCAAGGAUCUGAAUGCACUAAACUUAGCCAUUCAAAGGGAUGAGUUGGUGCUCUGAUCCACAACUAGAUUUAAGUGCGAUGAUAAAGUUACAUUGGCUUUUAAUUUUCUAAAGCAAGAAAUAAAAUAGCAAGAAUUUGGAUGCAAUUUUCAUUACAUUGCAGUAUCUGAUAAACAUUUUGAAUGCAGUUUACCUUAGUAGUCAGCUUCAGUUCUUUCUAGUCUAAACCUCGCUUUAGGCUUUAACUCAACAUUGGCAAUGAUGAACGAAAGAUUAACUUUCUUUGUACCUACCUUAAUGUGGGGACUUUACAUUCUUUUUUGAUGGUGUUUUCCUUAAGAGCCCAUCAACGCGCUCACUAGCACCACUCCUAAAUAAUUGUGAUUAUUUAACAUUAAUGAAACUCGGAACUUAUGUACGAAAUAUCAUUUGAUAUUUACCAGUCGCUCUUCAGCUUGUAGGGUUAUCAUUAAUUUUAUUAUCCAGUUUUCCUAUUGGCUGUGUGUAAUUGUGUAUUGACUUUGACAAUACUUGUGUUAACAAUUGAAUGUUAAAUGUUUUGUUCAUGGAGAUACUUUUGUUUCUCUGUUUGAUUGUUUGUUGUUAUAAAGAUAUUGGGAGUUAUAUUAUUCUUGCAACCAUUUUAAAUAUUGUAAGAGUUUAUAAACUCAGAACAAACUCAACAAACAAUAAAGUUUCAUUGUUAUUUCUUGUUUUUAUUACUAUUGGCAGGGAAUGCUUGUCUUUUUAUUUUUAAAUUCUACAAUGCUAAGAUAUCAUUGGAAUAUUUUCUACAUAUUUAUGUGAUUUCUACAUGCUGUGACACAUGUAUCCUUAUCCUUAUAGAAACUAUGUAUACUAUAACCAAUUCUGCAAUGUAAUAUAAUAUAAUAUCCAUCUAAUAUUCAUAUCUGUGAAUGCAAGAAUCACACAGACUUACCGUAAACUUGUUGUAAGUUAAAAAAAUUGUAGUUUGUUUAUACAUAAAUAAAAAAUCCUUUUUGACUGGAGUAUCUACGCCAUUUUAUUCACUAUUCACUUGUUAAUAAAAUUGCAUCACUGCAUUCUGAAUAUAGUCAAUUAUGUGAAAUAGUUCCUAUUAAUUUGGUAUAUUUAUGUAACAGUAAUAAAAUUGUAUUUAAUC